GCGUCGUCAUGCCUGAACCAGCAAAGUCCGCUCCGAAGAAGGGAUCUAAGAAGGCCGUCACGAAGGUCGCCGGUAAGGGAGGAAAGAAGCGCAGAAAGUCCAGGAAAGAAAGUUAUGCUAUCUACGUUUACAAAGUCCUGAAGCAGGUCCAUCCUGACACCGGGAUCUCCUCCAAAGCGAUGGGCAUCAUGAACUCCUUCGUCAACGACAUCUUCGAGCGCAUCGCCGGUGAGUCGUCUCGUCUCGCUCACUACAACAAGCGCUCCACCAUCACAUCGAGAGAGAUCCAGACCGCCGUGCGUCUGCUGCUGCCCGGUGAACUGGCCAAACACGCCGUGUCUGAGGGCACAAAGGCCGUCACCAAGUACACCAGCUCCAAGUAAAGUGAAGCUCCAGCUGCACCCAAAGGCUCUUUUAAGAGCCACCCAUUAACUCAUUUAAAAGAGUUUAUUGUUCUAGGACAAACAAGGUAUUUGGCAACUCUGAAAACUUUCUGAUAGUGAAGGAUUCGGAUUUCUGUCUCGUUGCAGACAUUUUACUUUCGUUAUACUUAAUAAUAUAAACAAAAGAUAAUUGCAAGGAUUCAAACAUGUGAAUAAGCCGCAACAGUCUCUAAAAGUAUUUUUUAAAUCCUCAUCCAGUUUUAUUAAAUGAGUGUGAUUGGCCCAUCCUGGCCAUCGCUAAAAAAGUAACAAGUAUCACGUGUGUCAUCUAUGUGCUGUUUCGGCCGCAGUCAGGACCUCCGUACAAACAUUGUAGCUAAAGAUUCAUUUUCCUGACAAACUUUAAAAUCAUUACAUGUGAGAAGUGACAUUACAAAAUCUUUUGAAAAAACAAAACAUUUACAUAUUAGAUGUGAGCAUGGUGUAUAAUUCUAACACGACGGCUUCACAACAAUACUUGGACACAUAUUGGUCAAAGCACAGCACACAACCACAAUUUUAUCCAGCAAAGUCUUAUCCUCCCCCUCACAAGGCACCACAUAUCCCAGGCCCAGUCAGGAUCACACUCCAACAUUUCAUAGGCAGGUUUGCCUGCAAACACAGUCACCAAAUAAAUAGCUAUGUAGCCUAGAUGUACAACAUUUAAAACUGAUUAACGUUACGCUUUAGUACAUUGGUAACUUAAGCUCAUUUUCUAGCCAUUUCAUGCUAGUUAACAUUGGCCUAACGUCAAAUCUAAUGGUCUGGUUAAAUCAAACAAAACACGCUGGUUAUUUGCCCACAACAUAACAUUUACAAUUACUCUUUGUAAUUUAACUUUGUGAAAAUUCUUUGAACACACCAUCAUGAUGUGGUGGAGUGUUAUCGAAGGUAAGCUUGGGCCUCCUUACUGCUGCUAUCCAUGCCAUUCGUUGCCUUUUUGUCACCGCUGAAACAUGGCUUGUACUAUUAUUUUUCCACGCUGGAAAACGAUAAAAGGAUUUUCCGUUCUUAAGCUUUAUGCCACUUCUAUCGUGAGAACGACUAUUGCAGUUUAUAACACAGCAGGUAGACGGCACCUUGAACACUGCAUUCUUCCCUCCAUGCAAUCAAGUCUGGCGCCUUCUGUUUGUGCCGCGGAUUCCGAAAAAAUGCUUUGCGUUCACCACUGGUAAUACGUUACGAUGAUGUCACAUUAGCAAUCUCUAUUACCAUUGAAAUAAAAUCAGACCUCUCUGCCAUCGUCGUUCAAAACCAGUUUGAUUUUUUUCAUCGGUGAAACAACAUUGAGGGAGGAGAGGAUCGUGAUUGUAAUAUCUGAUGCAUUGUUUCCGUCCCUUUGAACUAAUAUUUAUUUUCAGCAGGUUUCAGUUUCUCUGCAUUUAUGUUUGGAUUCUGAUGGUUUAUUGAGGCUAAAGCUCCAGCCAAAAAUGGGUUAUUUCUGUGGUGGGCGACUUAUAAAAAUCUUGGAGUGACUUGUGGCAAGAAAACGCACAUUUGAAGAACACUCUUGAUUACAUUUUGAAGAACAGAUGAAAGAAAAGCCAUUGAUUCGCUGUGUAUUCAGAGGUGCUCUUCCCCCAUAAGCGCAUCACUCCUCAUGGAACACGCAUGCAGUGUGCUCACUGUUCCUGCUGUUUCAGUAAUCUGAAAAUAUUUCCAACUGCAAGAAAAGAGUCGUCCAUGAGAACACGGCAAAUGAUCUCAAGAGGUGCUUUAAGUUUAGUUUGCUUAAUUUCCACAGAGCAGUUUGCGUUUACACGCAUUGUGAAUAAAUGAAUUCAGCAUUGCUUAAUUCCACACUUGUGUGGCUGAAUAUUUUACAAUACAGGUGGCUGGUGAAAUUGGGCAUUUUCAGCCACUGUGGCUGAUGGGCAAAAAAAGUUUGUAUCGUUUUACCCCAGUGUUAUCUAUGAAACCUGCAUCUUUCUGUUUUCCUGCUCCAGUUUUCCUUUGAUCUACUGAUGAUCUACCACCAUCACUUAAGAAUUUAUUUUACCCAAGUUAUGAGAUAGCUGUAUUAAUUGAAUGUGGUGACAUAAAAAAGCAUGAGUGCACCUUUCUAUUGCAUUCGCUAGAUGUACUCAACAAGCACAUUGACUCGUUCAGUCCGAUUCAUGACUUAAUGACUCAAAAACAGUGAUUCACCAGCUCAUGAGAUCUCGUUUUGAAUCAGUUUGACAAAUUCUUCAGUGAAUGAACUUCCUGAAUUACUCGAAGGGGCAGAAUGAAUGUGAAGAUGCUCUCAAUCAUGUCGAAAUGUUUAGUGUACAAAGUUGAUCAAAUAUGAUAACAUAUGAUAAAACUUUGUUAAAGAUAAUUAAUAAUGUUAAUGCUUCAUUUUAAAAGUUAUUUAAAAAGAUGCAGUGUUUUCAGACCUCGAAUUAAGCAAAGAUAACAAGUUCAUAUUCAGUGUUAAACAACACAUUACUAAUGUUUAAACUUAGGAAAAGUUCAGAUAUCAAUAUUUGGUGGAAUAAACCAGAUUUUCAAUCACAGCUUUCAUGCGUUUCGAUACACACCAAAAUAUCUUGGGUUGAAAAUAACCCAAUUUGGGUUGUUUUGCAACCGACAGCUGGGUCAAAUAUGGACAAACCCAACCGUGGGUUAUUUUGACCUAGCAUGUUGGGUUGUACAGCCAACCCAACACUUUUUAUGGGUAUUGAUAUUUUUUGGUUGGGUUGCAAUAACCCAAUGUGUAGGUAAUGUGUUUCAGGUUGUGUAUGAAGGGUUUUAAAGGAUUAUAUCAGUAUUUUCUGCAGUUUUUGUGAAUUUAUUAAAAACUCUGGUUUACUUUGCAUUACUGCAGAGUAUGUCACAGUUUCAUAUUUUACUACCUUCCAUUAUUGUCACUAUAUACAGACAAAAAAAAGUGUAUUUCAUAGAGAAAGCAUAUAUUUAUGUUUUUAUCCUCAAUGGACAAUAAAACAGCAUAUAAACCAUCUCAAUGGACUACUUGCACUGAGCCUCGUGACGCACUUCAGCUUUAUAGUAAUACAUAUCACUUAUUUCCGGUAUGACCGGUGCCAUUGUUUCUCGAUCCAGACAAGCCGUGUAAAAUGUGCACAAAACAAACCGUUUUUAGAUUUCAGAAACAGCAGAAGAAAACCACUGAAUUUUGUUGUGUUCCACUAUUACCCCUUUUCCACCAACAAGAACCAGGUGCUGGUUCAGAGCUAGAGCUAAAGCCGGUUCGGAGUUGGUUCGACUGAUGAGCCGCCAAAGAACCGGUUUGCUUUUCCACAGGCUAAAGAGCCAGCACAGAGCCAGGUCUUGCGUCAUUGUAUACGUCUCAUCUUUCCCAGCAACGUUAGCGCGGUGGCGCCAAACAUACACACACCAAUAAACAAUGGCGGACGUUGCUUUGCUAUUGAUGUUCAUGGCUUUGCGGACCUACAUCGGCAUCCAAACACGGCGGAUCCAACGUGUUCGCGUGGCUCGCCUUUAUUUGUACAGACGGAGAUUACAAGCGAGAGUAACGGUAUGUACAUAAAAUUUAUUUUUAACAAUAAGAUGCCGACUUUAGCCAGAGAUUUAUAUUUUAGCCUCAGCAUGUUGCAAACCUCCUAGCAUCGAUUUUGCUGAUAAUCGAUCACAUUGCAGUUAAAUUAAAAUGUAUUAAGCAUUGGUUGAAUAAGUUUUCCGAUGCUGUUUUGUGAAAACUCAUAUGUAUAUGUGAGCUAUAACGCAAAAACCACUCACAGUAAUAAAACUAAAACUAGAUAAUCUGCAGAAAAAUGUGUCCACUGUCAGUGUUGUUUUAUUGUAGGCUAUAUUAUGUUUUUUUUUAUUAGUAUUACUGCAGCUGUAAUGUGUAGCCUAUUAAAAAUGUCCAAAUUUAGAUUUAUGCAUGGUUUUCACUGGACAAGAAGGCUAUGAAAAUAAGUUGUCUGAAAAGACAAUGCAUGACCCUAAAAAGACUGAAAAAAACCUUAUAAAUAAAGUAGCCCUGUCUUUUAAGUGGUACUUAUAGAUGAAUUAAUAAACACUUCACUGCUACAGCUCAACUGUUUUUAUAGUAUUUAUACUGCACUGUAUACUUGAUAGAAAAUAUACCUAUACCCUAUUGCCCAUAAAUGAAACUUUCUAUAUAUAUAUAUAUAUAUAUAUAUAUAUAUAUUUUAUCUUUACAGGCAAUCUUCCAGCUGAAGGCAAGGCGGAGGCCACCUGUAAUGUGGGCAUACCCACGAUCUGGCCACUGGUGGGACACAAUUGUUCCGAUUUCACCCCGCUACAAUUCAUGCAGAAUUUCCGUGUAUCCCCAGAAUCGUUUGAGUACAUCUGCA